GCCGGUUCUCGCGAGAGCUGGCGGGGGCGAGGGCGAGGCCUCGCCGUCAACGGCGGCGCGCGGCGCCCCGCUUCCCCCCGCGCUAGAGGACACGGCCAAGAUGGCGGCGGCUGCGGCGGCACUGCGGCACCUGGCACCGGCGGGCGCUCGCCUCGCCCGCCUCCCGCCGCAGCAGCGCAGGGGGAUCCGCCUCUCCGCGCCCGCCGCCAUACAGGUGACGGUGCGGGACGCGCUGAACCAGGCGCUGGAUGAGGAGCUGGAGCGGGACGAGCGCGUCUUCCUGCUGGGCGAGGAGGUGGCCCAGUACGACGGCGCCUACAAGAUCUCCAGGGGUCUCUGGAAGAAGUACGGGGACAAGAGAGUGAUCGAUACCCCGAUAUCAGAGAUGGGCUUCACAGGAAUUGCUGUCGGUGCUGCUAUGGCAGGGUUGAGGCCAGUGUGUGAAUUCAUGACAUUCAACUUCUCCAUGCAAGCGAUCGAUCAGGUUAUAAACUCCGCUGCCAAGACCUGUUACAUGUCUGCAGGAUCAAUCGCUGUUCCCAUUGUCUUCCGGGGCCCCAAUGGGGCAUCGGCUGGUGUUGCCGCUCAGCACUCGCAGUGCUUCGCAGCUUGGUACGGGCACUGCCCGGGGCUGAAAGUGGUUAGUCCUUGGAGCUCGGAGGAUGCCAAAGGGCUGCUGAAAGCAUCAAUCCGGGAUGAUAAUCCAGUUGUGAUGCUGGAAAAUGAAUUACUGUAUGGUGUUCCCUUUGAAAUGUCUGAACAGGCACAGUCAAAGGAUUUCAUUGUUCCAAUUGGAAAAGCUAAAAUAGAAAGGCAAGGAACUCAUGUUACAUUAGUGUCACACUCAAGACCUGUCGGACACUGUUUGGAAGCAGCUGCUGUACUUGCCAAAGAAGGUGUAGAGUGUGAGGUUAUAAAUCUGCGUACCAUUCGACCAAUGGAUAUUGAAACAGUGGAAGCCAGCGUUGUAAAGACAAACCACCUAGUAACUGUAGAAGGGGGUUGGCCACAAUUUGGAGUAGGAGCUGAAAUCUGUGCCAGGAUCAUGGAAGGAUCUGCCUUUAACUACUUGGAUGCUCCAGCUGUGCGUGUUACCGGUGCAGAUGUUCCUAUGCCUUAUGCAAAAAUUUUAGAAGAUAACUGCAUACCUCAAGUGAAGGAUAUAAUAUUUGCAGUGAAGAAAACUUUGAAUAUCUAAUUUGUAAAUACAUGUAUUUAAAGUUCUCCUUUACAAACUAUUCAUGGUGUUGGGCAAGUUGUAUGCAUAACUUUUGUUGUAUAGCUACAUGAAUUUUUGUACAGUGGGGAAAAGUAUAGUGACCUCCCAGGAUAUUUAUAUGGGGUUACCCUCUAAGCCACACUUCAUAUAAGCAACAAUGUGGUAAUGCUUGUUUGUUCAGCAAUACAGGUGGUUUAUUGCUACUGUAUGUGGAGAAAUCCUAUUCUAAAUUCAGAGUGAGGAAAAAAAAAAUCCUCCUUUUGUUGCAGUAGCGGUAGUUGAGUGAAGAACUGCCAGGAGCAAGAGAAGGUCCCAAGUCCAGCUCUGGAAUGCUGCACAGUGUUCUAGGAGCCCAUGGCCACAAGACUUAUUAAAGGUGAAGGGGCAGACUGGAGUGAGUGAAGCCUUGCUUUUCAGCUCAACAGUAAGGUGUAGCUGUUUGCACAAAGCAGCUGUGGAAGCCUGCAGUAUGAGCUAAGAGAUGGCUGGUGUUUAGUUUGAAGAGCACUCUGCUUAUGCAGGAAAGCUUCUGUGCAAGAGCUUAAAGAUCCUGAUCCUCUUCAGUAUGUGAUGGGAAACAGCCUAAUUUUUCUUUACUAGCUGCCACAUACAGUAGAAAAAAAAAUACCUGCCCCAAUGCUUUGCUCUUACGUUUCUGGUUUUUGUAAACUCAUCACAUGGGCAUGUUCAAACUAUAGUUCUUACAGUGCAGAAUAAGUCUUACUGAGACACACCAAGCCUGGGUCUGAAGCAGCAGUUGUGUAAAUUGUGUUUGAAGGACUGAGAAACAGUUGCAGCAGCCUUUUGGCAGAUCACCACCUCCCUAAGGGCUAUUCCUGACUGGCAGGGAGAGCUCUGCCAGGCUUUGUUCAGCAGCUUCAGGUACAGAGUGAAAGGUGUCUCCAGGAGCCUGUGCAGGGGGGCGUGCUCUGUACCCAGGUGGGGUGCCUCUCCCCUGAACUGUAGGAGGAGAUACUUACCCUUAAAGUAGACAGAAGAGCUUGUGUCCUCUUUCAGCCAAGGGCCAGGAAUACCUUUCAGAGUAUUUCCUUUAACAGAAGUGCUAUUAGGUUCUUAGAAAGUCUGGCUUGCAGAUGCAAUCCUAGCUGAAUAUACCCACCACCACGCUGCUGAAGAAAUUCCAUUAACAUUUUAAUAAAAAUGACUGAAUAUCACAGGUUACAUGAAA